AUGAAGAUUAUCAAAUCUAAAUUGCGUAAUAAGAUCAACGAUGUGUGGUUCAAUGACUUGAUGGUAUGUUACACCGAGCAGGAGAUAUUCAAGUCACUUGAUGAUGUUGAUAUUAUUCGAACAUUCACAGCAAAGAAGUCUCGAAAAGGACAUUUGCCUCAUAAUUUUAUUUAA